AUGUAUAAUGGUGACGACUAUUAUUACUACAUAACAAAAACAACAUCCUCCCUCUAUCAACGAUAUGACGACAUCGACAACGUUGGCGAUAACGACGACGACGACGACGACGACGACGACGAUAGCGGCGACGGCGAUGACGAUGACGACGACGACAACAACAACAACAGUAGCAAUUAA